AUGAUUACUUAAGACUAAUUAAAUUUUCUCAACACACUUCUUGAUUAAGAACUUUAACAAUUAACUAAAAGUUGUGAUUUAAGAGAUUUAGACAAUAAAAUUUAAUCUCUUGAAUCUCAUAUACAAUCAAAUAUAGAUAAACAACUUGGUUCAUAACAAUCAAUUAUUGAAAGAGCAUUCCCAACUUUGGGUAUCAAAGAAUCAGAUGAAGAUUUUACUCCAUUCAAAUAAACUUAAAGAAAAACUACUCCUAUAAGAGCAACUUCUUCAAAACAAAAAAAAUAAUCCAUUGAUUAGAAAAAAAAUUUAAAGAAAGCUUCUUAAGAAACAAAUUAUGCUAAAGCUUUAAUUAUUGAAAAACAAAAGAAUUCAGAACUAUAAUCUGAAGUUAAAUAAUUGAAUAAAAAAUUAAAAAAGGCUUAAGCAACAAUAACAUAAUUAAAAUAAGAGUUGUUAGAAAAUGAGAAAUAUAAGGAAAACUUUCUCAAAAGUGAAUCUAUUCGAUAAUAAUAAAAAGAAUUAAUAUCAUGUUUAAAAAAAGAAAUAGAUCAACACAAAAGAAAAUGA